GCAUUGACACCAGUUCGUUUCCAUCAUUUGACGUGUGACAAGGUCACGUGAUUGUAAUCGUUGGUUCAAAUAAUUCAAAUUUGUAAACAAAUUCCUGAAUUAUAGGAAUGUAAUAAUUAUAGUGUGUAAUUGUUGCACGUGAAAUAAGACUGAUAAUCCAACAGACGGAACCUAUGACGUAUCCAUAUCUAUUUUGCGCGGUAACGACCAUAAAUUGAAAGAACGACUUGUUCGAAAACGUUGCAGCAUUGACGACAGUAUAUUCUAUAUUGGAAUGGAGCAACUGAAGUGGACAACACCCAUUAAGAACGAAAGGAAACAUGAUAACAUAACAAUAAAAAGUCCCAUAGUAUAUAAGACCCCUGUGAAACAAUAUGAGACAGUUACAAAGCAUACAACAUAUCAGAACAACAUAAGUUGUUUUAGCGUACUUCCUAAACAUAUUACUCCACCAUCUGGUUUAACAAAAUUCAUGGCAAGAAACCCAUUUGAAGCCGAUUUAACUAAUAGACUUCAUUUGUCUGUGAUAAGCCCCUCUGUUUUCAGUAAGGUUCAAAGUCCAUCUGAACAGUCUCCAGACUUUGCAUGGAGCGUGGAUGAACUGGCUAUGAUGCAGCCGGCAAGAAUAGAAGAAUAUCCAAUGCAACAAAUACAUUGCAUUGAUCCAGAGACUGAGGUAAAAGCUCAAGCUGCUAUCGAUCAAUUCUUUAAGGAGAAUCAAAUUAUACCAAGUCCAUGGGAAAUGAAGAAGAAAGAUAGUAGAAUUAAAACCAAAACGGAUACUCCAACCAGAGCAUCUAGUGACAUGAACACAACAUCUUUCAAAGUGAAAAAAGAUGGGUGGAGUCAAACAGUAUUAUCAUUGCCGCCUAAUUUACCACCGGAUGUCGCCGAAGCUUUGAAACCUUACUUUACUUUCACUCAAGAACAAAAUUCCGACAGUGACGAUGCGAACUCGAGCAACAAUUCUUUGAGAAGAAAGUUGUUCUUUAAUAAUGACGAAUGUGCGGAAAAUGAGGAAGAAAGUUCUGAAUAUUUAUCACCUGUAGGAAUGAAUGGUUCUUUUAUAUUAUCUUCUAGUCAUCCACAAAGUGGAAUGUUAGUUGAUGGAGUUCCAUUGAAGGAUUCAGAUAAUCAUCUCCAUACAUCUGAAAUUAUUCUUGGCAACUUAUCUCCUCCAAACAUAUCUCCUAUACACAAAGCAAGAAAUAACAUGUCUUGUGAAAGUGUAAGGUCUCGAAAUCGUUCAGUUGCUCGAUUAGAUUUCACCACAGAAAUGAGCGUGGAUGAAACUAAUGUGAAUGACAAGGAGAAUACGAACAAUCAUUCUUUAGACGCAUCCCUUGACAAAGUUAAAGCACUUGACAAUAAUUCUACAUACAUUGAAACUAAUCACUUGACUGAGGCGAAAAUCGCUAUAAUGAACUCAACAAAUCUUGAGAAGAAUUUUGAGACUGAAAUAUUAGAGUUUAUUUCUAAGGAUCAAAACGAUGUACAUAUGUUUAAUCACUUGACUAACUCCUGCAAGAUGUUUACUAGUGAAAACUGCAUAUUGCAACAAACAAAUGCCAUGUUAGGUAUGUCUGAUCAGCACAGUGUUUCCAAUUCCGUACAGGAUACUGGUUAUCAGACAUACAGUAUGAGUAGUACGGUAAAUGUCACUGACAGCUACAACAUUACUCCAGUGAAGCCAAAGACUGGUUAUAGCCAUUUAUUGGCAGACGACGAGUUCCGUCUGUCCGACUGGAAAGAGAACAUGAAAAACAUAUUUAGUUCCACUCCGUCGAGAUCAAAUAGGGAAAGAGAAAAUCAUAUAUUUUAAAUAAUUCUUUUGUACAAAACAUAUGUUUCAAGUGUUAACUAUAUUUUUGGACUAUAUAAAAUCAGAGUAAGCCAAAUUUGACGAGCUUAGAAGAAAUACCAUACACUUUUACACCAACAAUCGUGUAAGAGUAAUAUAGUACAAUUUUUUAAAAACAAUUUUAUUAUUUGUUCAUUAUAUUUACAGUUGUAUCAUCAUGUAUCAUCGCAUGUUGUGUUUUUUAGUUAAAAUUUAUGCCAAUCAAAUUGUAAUAUAAAGAAUAAUUAUAAAUGAAGAUCACUGAGAGAUUUUAACUAUUCACUGCCAUGCAAUAUUCUCUCAGUGAUGAAAAAUAAGAUAUGUGUUAAUGUAUUAAUAAUAUUAGAGCGUGUACAACAUUUAAUUAUGUUUUAGUAUAUAUUACUCCUCAGAAUAUGUAUAAUAAACUACCAAUUCUUAAAUCGA